AUGGCUACCAAGGCCGCCCGGACGCGCUUAACGCGCGAGUACAAGACAAUGCAGAAGGAGCCCACGCCCUACAUCGUCGCCCACCCAUGCGAGACCAACAUACUAGAAUGGCACUACUUGAUUACCGGUCCGCCCGACACACCGUACCACAACGGCCAGUACUGGGGCACACUCAUUUUCCCGACCGACUACCCCUUCAAGCCACCAGCAAUCCGCAUGCACACCCCGUCGGGACGCUUUGCGCCCUCCACCCGCCUCUGCCUCACCAUCUCCGACUUCCACCCGCGAUCCUUCAACCCGGCCUGGAGUGUCAGCACCAUCCUGGUUGGUCUGCUGUCGUUCAUGACGUCAAACGAUGUCACGACCGGCUCCAUCACAGCCUCCACCGAGGAGCGCAGGCUCCUGGCCGCCCGGACGCGCUGGUGGAACUCGACCGGAGGCGGUACGUACGAGAGCGGGAAGGCCGCGCAGAAGGGAAACAUCAAGGUCGGCGACGGUGGCAAGAAGUUCCGCGAGGAGUGGCCUGAAGAGGACGCUGCCAACUGGGAGUGGAUGAAGGAGAACAAGAUCGACGUUGCCACUGGCCAGAGUCUCAAUGCCGCCGGUGCGCCUUGUGGACCGCCGCUUGUUGGUUCCAUGGGGACCAGCGGCAGCCAGGUGCAAGGGGUCGUGGACGCGGUUGUGCAGCAGCGAGAGGCGGGCAGGGGCUGGAUGGCCGACCACAAACUUUUGAUAGCUGGCGGCGCCAUUUUCUUCUACGUUCUGAUUGCUCGCCUGCUUGGCCAGGGGAUUUAA